UUUUUGUUUGGAGAACAUGGCUGCCAGAAGAACUCGUAAAGGAAGCCAAAGCUCUGAAGGUCCCCAGAGAGACCUAGCAGCUGAUAAACUCAGGAAAAGGAAAGAACUGUUUAUUCAGCAAUUUGAGAAAGAAGCACAGGAACGGAUAAAUGAAAUGGAGGACAAAAUGGAUAAAUUAAUGGCGACACUGGACCGAGCAGUGAAAAUAGAGAUGAUGAAACUUCCUCAGUCUCUUCAUACUACGUUGAUUAAAGAUAUAAUGAGUGCGCAAGAAACCUCUGUUGGUGAAGUUACAAUGGCAAUCGGGUCUGUGUCUCCGGAGAUUAGCAAGCCGCUCAGCAGAAAGUCCAGCAAAAAAGGUAAGGCGAGUACCACAACGCCAGCACACAGAUCCACCGGUGCAGGAAAGACGGAUGACGAUAAGAGAAGGCCCAGGAAGAAAAUGCAGCCGAGUAACAGCACUGGGAAUCUAAGAUGUCUCUCAACAGUCAGUUCCAAACGAACUCAAGGCCGUGUGAUGAAGCUGAGUGACCAAGCUGUUCUGCUAGGUGGUAAUAUGAGGUUACAGAGUCGGUCACUUAGUGAUGAUCUCUCGGGACUUGCUACUGCCACCAUCACCACCUCUCUUGGAGAGACUUUGUUCCUUUCUGAGGAGACCAAAGAUGAAGUCAAACUUGAACUUCUGGAUGAGUUGGCUUUAUGCCAGAUGCAAAAGAUUAAGGAGCUGAUGGAGUACCUGUGCAACAAAGUCAAGUUAAACAAUACUCACUGAUGUCUUGGCACUGAAGAACUGAUUUUAAUGUUCAAAUAUUCUAAUAUAAUAAAUAACUGUGUAAUCUUUUCUACUGGAGUACUUUUGGUGAACUGCGGAUCGAGUUGCUGAACUGUAGAAUAGGUGUUUUUUUUUUUUUUUUUUUUUUUUUUGGAAAAUCUAUUAUGUAAAAUUCCACAAAACAUUCAGGAGACAUAAAAUUUCCUCAGGAAGUACAGCUUGAGCUCUUAAUGUUAUAUAUAAACAGAAAGUGCAAUGUUAAGUGUGAGGAAAAGAGAAUAAAACCAUAAGACAUGCUGUUAAAAGAAACCCAAUCAUUACACCACCUCUCUGAUUACAAUUUUUUGACAAUGUAAUAAACUUAAUGGCUUUAUGGGGUUGAUGUUGGUCAUAACUGACACCCUACAUGUUCCUGGAAUUGGCUUAUUUAGUACCAUGGCAUCUCUGUGGUUAAGGCAUUAAAGUCCUGAUUCUACUGGUCUGAAGGUUGUGUUUUCGAUAUCA